AUGGCCGCCGGAAAGUCUACCGUUGCCACCAAGGACCAGGUCCUGGUCCCCGAGACCCUGCUCAAGAAGCGCAAGAGCCAGGAGAAGGAGCGCGCCGAGAAGGCCGCCGAGCGGGAUACUCGCAAGAAGGACAACAAGAAGAAGCGUGAGCAGAUCUUCAAGCGUGCCGAGUCAUACGUCAAGGAGUACCGUGACGCAGAGCGCGAGAAGAUCCGUCUCGCUCGCGUCGCCAAGUCGGAGGGUAGCUACUAUGUCCCCGCCGAGCCCAAGCUCGUGUUCGUCGUCCGUAUCAAGGGUAUCAACAAGAUCGACCCCAAGAAGCGCAAGACUCUUCAGCUCCUCCGUCUUCUCCAGAUCAACAACGGUGUCUUCAUCCGCCUGACCAAGGCCACCUUGGAGAUGCUCAAGAUCGUCGAGCCUUUCGUCGCCUACGGUUUCCCCAACCUCAAGUCUGUCCGCGAGCUCAUCUACAAGCGUGGAUACGCCAAGACUACCCAGAAGCAGCGUAUUCCUCUGACCGACAACGCCAUCAUUGAGGAGCACCUCGGCCAAUACAACAUUGUCUGCAUGGAGGACUUGAUCCACGAGAUCUACACCGUUGGCCCCAACUUCAAGCAAGCCAGCAACUUCCUCUGGCCCUUCAAGCUCAGCAACCCCACCGGUGGUUUCCGUCCCCGCAAGUUCCUCCACUUCGUCGAGGGUGGUGACUUGGGUAACCGGGAGGAGUACAUCAACGCUCUCAUCCGCCAGAUGAACUAGAUUUUUGUUUUUCGUGCGGAAAAUGUCAUGAAAGGGGAGUGGGUUUUAGCAUCAUGCUUUGGUAGGCGCACGGCGCAUGAUCGACGUGGGAAUAUCACGAAAAGGUCCUUGUCCAAAAAUGAAAAUUCUUAUUCUUCAACAUAUCCUUCACUGUCGUGUCGCAAGUGUUCCCUGUCAACUAUGUGAGCGUUCUAUGCAUGCAUAGGUCAAUGCAGUCAUUUCUCAAUCAAAUGUGUCCAAACAGAACUUUCUAUCUUCUCUCGUUUCCGGCCAGUGUGGGAGAUGCCUUGUCGUUGAGUACUGAGCAAUGCAGUCCAAUUCUUGACAUAUUGCGAUUGGAGCAGCAGGAUGCAACUACAGCGCCUGAAAUCCAGCAAAGGCCUGAUGCUACCCGAGAC